CGGACCCAAUCCGAAAGUUUGGGUUAUCCACCUUUCCUCAAUGGCUUCUCUUCGCGCAAGUUCGACCCAAUUUCUCCCACCUCUCACCAAACCCAUAUAACGUACAAACCACCAACACCUCCCUCAGCCGCUCCUCCUCCGUCACCUCCGUUGUCGCCGGCAAAGAGUUUGAUGAUAUCCCGGUGAAGUUCCCGGAUUUAACUGACCAUCUGGAGGGAGCGAUGAGUAUUGGACAGGAGAGAGAAAUGAUCAGCGGAAGUGUGGUGGUUGGUGGGCAGUUGUCACCGGAGGGUGUAAUGGCGGUGGAUGCGGUGAUGGUAGCGAAGAUUCGGAUACGUUGAUUGGUAGAGACAUCAUAGAGUUGUUAAUGCCUCUAUUGUUCUUGCUGCUGGUAUUUUUUUUGCAUGGUAUUUUUUUUGCAUGUGUUGCUCACUAUUGACCAUGAUUAAUUGAGUAUUGGCAUAUAAUAUGUACUCACGAUCAGCAAUGAUGGAAGAACUGAGAAGAGAAGUUGACGAGUUCGGGCAUGUAGAAAGGGAUGUGCAAGAAAAGGUCAACAAAUUAUUAGAUGCUGGAAAAGAGAUUGAUGAACAAGUAACAAAGUGGUUAGAAGAAGCCCACAGUAUCAGUACCAAUGUAAAAGCUAGUUGGCUAGUUGAUGAAAAAGCCAAGUCAACGUUGGCAAACAGAUUGUUUCGUCGUAAUCAUCUGUCAAAAAAGUCAAAGGAUGAUAUCUUAAAAAUGAAAACUUCCAUGAGUGAUUCGAUGGCUCAAGGGAAGAACAUUUUACUUGUUUGUUUCUCUGAAGUUCCUAUAGGAAUUGACCUUGUGUGGCGCGAUGAUUUUGUUGAGUUUAAGUCAAGGGAAAUUGCUUUUCAUGAGAUUAUGGAAGGAGUGAAGGAUGAAAAAGUUGGAAUCAUGGGCGUUAUAGGGAUGGGAGGUAUUGGGAAGACUAAAUUGGUGGUGGAAAUUGGUAAGAAAGCUCAAGAGAAGAAGUUGUUUGAUGCCAUAAUCAUGACAACAGUGACUCAAAAUCUUAAUGUUAAAGGCAUGCAAGGGACACUUGCUGAUAUGUUGGGCAUAGUGCUCAAUGAAGAGAAUGAGAGUGGCAGGGCGGACGAGCUUCGUGCGAGGUUUAAGAAAUUUAAACGUUUCCUAGUCAUUUUGGAUGAUGUUUGGGAAAAAAUUGACAUGGAUAUCAUUGGAAUCCCGUCACCGUCGAAUCAUAGAGGAUGUAAGGUUGUUCUCACAACACGUCGUGAGAAGGUUAUUGAGGAUAUGUGUUGCACAUCUGUAUGUUUAGGUGUUAUAGAAGAUACAGAAGCAUGUACAUUGUUUUGCACUUAUGCAGGACUCAGGUCUAUGUCUACCAAGGCAAAACAGGUUGUUAGUGAGUGCGCAGGUUUGCCACUUGCCAUUGUUACUGUUGGAAGUGCUUUAAAGGGUAAAAGCUCGGAGGACUAUGAUGAUGCGGUUCAUAAACUUUCUAAAUCUAGCUUUACCGAUAUAGAAAGUGCUGAUAGAAAUGUUUAUUCUUGUCUAAAGCUGAGUUAUGAUUAUUUAGGAGACGAUGACACCCAGAAGUGCCUCUUACUAUGCUCUUCUUAUCCGGAAGAUAGUAAAAUAAGUGUGGAGGAACUGACAAGAUACGCAUAUGGUUUGUGGUUGUUUCAAGAUGAUCAAUCAUUAGAGCAAGCAAGAGGGAAGAUAAUUUCUUUCAUCAAGAAACUUGAAAAAGCUUACUUGUUGUCCUCGAUACAAGAAGGCGAACUUAGCUCUUCUAAGGAAGAGGGUUAUUAUGUCAAAAUACAUGAUAUGGUUCGUGAUGUUGCAUUAUGGAUAACUAAGGAAACUGGGCCUUAUUUUGUGCCCUCCACGUUGAAAGAGUUCGAGAGGAAGGACAUGUAUAAAAAGGCAGUUGUGAUUUUCCUAGAUUCUUGGGGUUUUACUCGCCAAUUUCCCAACGAAUUUCAUUGUCCAAACCUGAAAAUGUUGAAAAUGUGGCCAGCUGCUGCUUCUUUAGUUCACACUUUUCCAUGCCCUGUUCAUGAUUAUCGGAAGGCCCAGGAUCUGCACCCUCCUCCUACUUUACAAAUUCGAAGGGUGCUGCAUAAUCAUUCUCCUGUAAAGUUUACAGAUAACUUUUUUAGAAGGACAAAUACUUUACAGGUCCUGGACUUUGAAGCGUCAUCAACGGUUUUGCUCAAAUAUCUUGUGAAUCUCAGAACUUUUCAUUUUCGUGGACAAAAUUUGAGGUAUAAUGAUAUGUCUUCAAUCAGAUUAUUAAAGAACUUGCACAUCCUCAAGUUGGUCUUUAUUGGAGAUUCAACAGUACUACCAGAAUGGAUAGGGGAACUUUGUAACUUGCGGCUGCUGGAUUUAUCUGAAUGGGUUAAGCUGGAAGAGAUACCCCCCAGUUUGCUGUCUAGACUAGAAAAUCUUGAAGAGUUAUAUACUCCUUUAUGCCACCAGGGGACGUGGAAUGAUUCUUAUCUAUGUGAUCUAAAUAAAUUGCAUCGCUUGACUACCUUCAUGGGCAUGCUAAAGAGCGUUUAUUCUCUUCCACAAGAUUUUAGCUUCAGGGAGCUGCAAAGGUAUUGCAUAUUGUGCUACUCAGUAAGUACCAGCAAGUGGUCAAGAGCAUUGAUGCUGGAUGGUCUUAAGGACUUGAAAGUUUUCCAGCAUUUAUUUCCAAGCGUGGAGUGCCUUCAUAUCUCGGGACCAAUAAUGAGGGACAUCCAAAACAUGUAUCCUCAAAUUGAUUCGGCGGGUUUCCUGAAUCUUAGGGAACUCUACUGUAAUGGCAUAGCCAGUUUUAAGUGUCUUAUUGACACUACAGAAAAUGGAGGGCUGUCAUCUUUAACAACAGCAGAAAUAUUUCCCAGAAUAGUUCGUCUAUUCUUAUCUGAAAUGAAGCAGUUCUGCAAGAUGUGCAAUGGUCCUACUCCAGUUAACUUCUUGGGAGAGCUAAGACAUGCUUGGUUCACAAAUUGCCCGAGGCUGAAGAAUAUAGUUCCGGACAUGCUUCCAUGUGCACCACCGUUGGAAGAAUUACAGAUAUGGAGAUGUCAUACGAUCAAGUAUGUAUAUAAGGUGGAAUUAGAAGCACUUGAGCACACAACACAUUACCUGCCAUUGCUCCCCUCCCCUACAUUUAUGAAGUUAUUUCACCUUCGGAAGUUGCAAAGGAUAUGGAAAAUGCCCAAUCUUCAGGAAAAAAACGAGGUAAUUUCAGUUGAGGCUUGUACUAGCAUUCUUGAUAAUAUCAGAGGAAGCUUAAUCUCUCUUACUAAGGUGGAGAUUCUUCAUUGUUAUGAGUUGAAAGAGAUUUUUCCAACUGUUGAGCUAAAUAACCAGAAACUUCCUUCAAACUUAGUUGAGUUGAAGUUGGAAAGUUUACCUAAAUUGAAGUCCAUAUGGAAAGGUCCUCAUGAAAAUGGUUACCUUCACAAACUACAAAGAAUUUCUAUAAGAGGAUGUGAUAGAUUGACAAGCCUUUUCACACCCACUCUUGCUUGGAGUUUGGUCAAGUUGCAAGAGCUCCAAAUCAUUGAUUGUGCGGCAUUGGAAACAAUUAUCAUGCUAGAUUACCAGGAUGAAGCAUGGAUGAGAAGUCCACCUAACUCAACCACAGCUUUUCAACAAAUUAAGAGAAUCCAUAUACAUUCAUGUCACAAAUUAAAGAGCAUUUUGCCCAUUGCUUUCAUGGGUGAGGGUCUUCCGAUAAUUGAAAGUAUCUUUGUUGGAGAGUGUGCGGAGCUAGAGCAAGUAUUUGGUGAUAGGGAAGAAAAUGUGGUAAAAGAUGGGCGCAUAGAGAUGAACAAUCUGCGGUCUCUAAAGCUCGUGAAUGUACCGAGGCUAGUCCGCCUCUUGCCAUCCAAUUGGCAUCUAAUAGUGUCGUCUCUGUCUCAACUCCAAGUAACUCCAAAUAGCCAGGACGAGGAAGAAAUGAAGGACAUGGUAUUCUCUGUCGGAGAUGGAGUUGGAGAUGCAGAUGUUGAUGAAGAUGAAGAUGGAGAUGCAGAUGUUGAUGAAGAUGAAGAUGAAGAUGAAGAUGAAGAUGAAGAUGAAGAUGAUGAUGAAGAAGAAGAUGAAGGGGAAGAAGAGAAGCCAUUGGCAAUGAACUAUGGUGGAACAAUAGAACGACAGCUCCAAAAAGAAUAUUGGAUGGUGUUGGGCAGAGUAUUACCAAUUAGAGCACAACAGAGUUUACUGGAUUUUCGGAUGGUGGAAAUUGUAAGAUGCAUCCAUGACGACAUAGAAGAGGUAUUUGAUCUUGUAGAGGCUAAAAAGCCCGUCCUUGAACUGUUAGAAGUGCUGAAGGUCUGCUACAUGCCGAAUUUGAAGUACAUAUGGAAAGGGCACACUAAGUUUGUCAUCUUGCAAAACCUUCGUGAAAUAGUAGCUUUCAAAUGCGCAGCCAUUACAUUUCUCUUCCCUCUAUCUAUGGUCCGGAAUCUUCCAUGCCUAGAAUCUCUUAUAGCUUCCGAAUGCCCCCAGCUAGAACACAUAUUUCAAGAUGACAUAGGAUCAGUGUCAAGGAAUUCUCUUAUAAUUGCGCGUGAUGAUAGUGACGAAGAUGUAUGUGCUGGAGCAGUGACAUGCUUGCCAAACUUGAAAAAAAUCCUUGUAGAAGAAUGUGGCAAGGUAAAAUACUUGUUUCCCCUCUCUGUUGCUCAACACCUUCCAAGCCUUAAAUGGUUGCAUAUACAACGAUUAUCCCAAUUAGUGCACUUGUUCUACGAAGACCGAGAAGGGAUAUGUGUAGGGCACAAUGAGAAGAUCAUUUUUCUCCCCAAGUUACAGGACAUCCAACUCGACAACCUCCCUCGCCUCUCUAGCAUCUGCCCACCAGGUUACAUGUUAACAAGGAUGUUUGGCGAGAACUGGAAGACUGAAGUAUAUGGUAGUUGGGGAAGAAAUUUCUUCCUGAUCAGAAAUUGCCAGCCAGUCAUCAGCAGAUCAACCACCUUGUCUCAGUUGGUCAACCUAUCUCACCUUUGUAGCUUUACACUGAUUGAUUCUGUGAGCCUGCUCAAGUGUCUUUUUGUUCGUAGCAUGGCUCAAGCAUUGUGCUCCCUCCAACAUCUAGAGGUUGUCAAUUGCAAGGAGUUGGAGUAUCUAAUUGAACCUGCAAAUGACCAAGAACCUACUCUAUUACGUCAGAAUGACUCUUGGACUACAUGCUUCCCUCGAUUGCUGGCUCUACGUAUAGUAGGGUGCAACAAAUUAAAAACUGUGUUCCCUCUCUCCAUAUCUAGAUCCCUUCCAGAACUGAGGUACUUUUACUUGAAUGGAUUGCCUGAAUUGGAGGAGAUUUUUACUGAGGAUCGUAAUGAAGAAUAUGUAAGAUGCACCAAGUUCAUCAAGCUCCCAGAACUGUUAAGGCUAACUCUUGCACAACUGCCGCGCUUGUCCCGCAUGUGUCCUUUAGGUUAUGCGGUAUGCUGUCAAACACCUCUUGAAUUUUUGGAGAUAGGUGGGUGCCCUUUUAUGGACAAAACUAAUUGUUUCCCUCCUAUAUACAAAUCCACCACAGUUGAACGACGUUAUUCCAUCAGGUAAGGAAAAGGUUCCAUCAGAGGGAUUUCAACCUAUUGGGAUUUGUAUAAGAAUUUGUACUUGUAUCGGGACUUACAACUCGUUGGAAAUAUUUUUGAGAGGAGCUUCGUUCUCUUGUGGAGGCUUCCUUCUUGUAUUAUUUCUAGGGGUUUGCAACCCGGUAUUUGAACUCGAAAUGGGAAUUUCGACCCGAUUGGAUUUUGUAUAUUUGUUCCGGAAUUUGCAACCCGUUGGAACUAUUUCGGGGGGAUUUCAAUCCAUUGGAUUUUGUACUA